AAAUGCAACUAAGAGCAGUGCGCGUGGACUGCAGCAGAACUUGUGCCAACACCAACACUACCUAUAAAAGCUCCUUAUAACGUCAAGCGAAUGCGAGACAACAACAAUAACGAUAAUGUCCCAACAAUCCACCAUUCAACUGACGACCGAGCAGCUACAGUUAAUGUUGGAUUCGGUACGUUCUGCAGCCGUUGCAGCAGCGAAUUGCGCCGCCCCAGCUACCGUGAAGAUGAGAGGCACGUUCGUGUAUUGCAACAGUCGUCUUGGAGAUCAACAUGAUUCCGUUUAUGUCGAGGAGUUUAUUCAAUCAGUACUGGCAUACAAGGAUAUGGAAUCGAUCAGCGAUGAAGACGCGCUUAAAAGUAUCGCCAUACUGUUUUACGGCGAGGCCGCCUUAUGGUGGCUGGGUGUGCGUGGGGCGAAGGAAGUGCAUACUUGGGACGAGGCAAUCGCUUUGAUUCGUGAGCACUUCGCACCCGCCAAACAAGCUUAUCAAUUGUAUAUGGAGAUUUUUGAGGAAAAGCAAGAUGACCAAACAGCCAUAGGAACAUUUGUCUGUCAGAUGCGUGCUCUACUGGCACAAUUGCCCGAGGGGCGGCACGAUGAGGAUACCGAGUUAGAUAUGGUCUAUGGUUUGCUGAAUAUAAAGUAUCGGCGUCAAAUAUUACGUCAAGAUGUUAAAACUUUCCGUGAUUUACUUGAGAGGGGAAGAGCCGUUGAGUAUAAUUGUAAGCAAGCCGAGGAGAAGAAAUGUAAAAAUAAAUCCUAAACGGACCAGUUUUAAAGUAUCUAUCGUCAGAUUGCUUACUAAUAGGCGACCAGCACAAUCAAAUAGUUGUAUCUUGACCCUGAAAUCGGACUCCAUCCAACAUGCGGGAAAAUUUAAAAUUUGGUUUCUCAAGGGUAGCGACAGCAACAUUGUUACUUCUCGGACACAAGUAAACUCUAAUAAAAUUAUUUAUAAACCUGUAAAAAGGCUCAGGGCCCGAUAGCGGUCAUGUUAUAAAGAGUAGAGUUAGAGUAACAAGCAGGAAAGAAGUGGAAUACGAAAAAUAAAUUAAGAGACUCAUAACUAAUACGUUUUAUAAAGAACAUUGGGGUCACAUGGGAAGAGCGCACUGUUGACAGCUGUAACUUUGGCUAGUGCUCUUAAUGAAAUUUGGAAGUAUUAAUCUCAAAAGAAUAUACUAUGAGAAAACGCAAUUAAAAAUGUUUCCAUUCGAAAAACACAAGUAUGUACAUUAAGGCAUACAACCGGAAAAUAAAAUAACUGAAAAAUCGGUUGUAAGGGCGAUAUAUGAUAUGGUUGUCCGAUGUGACCGAUUCCAAUGAUCAAUAGAAUCUCCAAAUACACCUAUGUAUUAAUUUUCACUCGUAUAUCUCAUAUACUGACGAAGAAAUUUUUAUAAUCCCUUAAAAUUAAACUCUGUCUAAUCUUUUACCAGGACUGACAAAAAAAAACUUAAAUCUUUCAUAUCGCAUUUAAAAUAAGCUGUUCAGCCAACAUGUUAUAUAUACAUAUAUAUAUUCGAGGAAGACCUUGUUUCUGGAUGAAAUUCUGCACCAAAAUGUAAUAUACUCGUAUUUUUGUUUUUUGAUUCGUCGCUCAGCGAAAUCUAUUUAAAAAAUGACAAAGUUAUAUACAACAUGUUCAAUGUUGUAAAUCACAGAUGCUGCGUUUUGAACAUAAUUACACUCAAACAAAAGGAACAUAACGGUUGAAAAAUUGUUAAGAAUUUUAACACAAUUGGGGUUGGAAUUACACUUACAGCACUAAUUCGUUUCUUAACGCAAGCUAUUGGCCAAAAGGUGGCGCGCAAACUAUUUUCUUAGUUUCAGCUGUUUGCGGGUAGUCCGGCAACAACGCGCACUCCAUUCAGUGUUCCCGAACUGCAUUUGAAUCAGUCUGACUUUUUCGAAUAUUUGGUGCGGAUGUCUAAAUAUUUGGACGGAAGGUUGCGGUUGUUUGAUGUGAAAUAUUCGACUUUCUUAUGAAGAAAUCUAAAGUAUUUUGAAUAAAAGUGGAAUAAUGUAUAGUGUUGCACAAAUACUUAGUUCAUUAAUUAUUUUUGUUUCAAGUUUUAAACACUGAAAAGCAUUACAGUGUCGAAUUUAUUAAUUGAAGCCUCAGAUAUUUCGCCAAAAUGCUUGUCUGCAAAAUUAGUUUUGUGCAAACAAAUUGAUAGAGUAGCACCGCAAGCGGAAAUGGUGCCCGCGGCCAACCUUAGUGGGAGUGAGAUAAAUAUAUAAAUUGCGCAGGGCUUUUGCUUAUCAGUCCGAAUUUUGUUUUUGUUCCACGUAAAAAUCGCGUUUUGUUUAUUCGAAUCGGAAAAAAUACAACAAUGAAAGGUCGAGUGAAUGUGUGAAUUGUUUAAUAAUAGUAGAAUUGUUAGUGUAGUAGUGCGCGUCAAAAAGCCGGUAAAACAACAAUUUCACCGUUUCAAUUGAUAAAAUGCUAUCAAGUGAUUAACAGUUCGUCUUUAUUAAGGAUUAAUUUACUUUUCGAAUAUUAAACGUAUGUGAAUGGGUAUGUGCAACUUCCCCUAUUCCUUGCCUCAGUGCGUCGCUUGCGAAUACACAUUCAAAGCGUAUUUGUAAAAGUGUAAAAACUGCGAGAAAAUGAAAAAAUACUAUGUUGAUGCUGUGUGUUACAAUUGUUUGUUGGAAAAUUCAUGAAAUAAAGAGAACAUUGGAUAUUCAUCAAAAGGAUUAACUACAAAGAGGACACAUAUUGCAAUUUAGACAAGUGACAGCGGGGUGCCAAAUCGAUUGUGCACCACAGGAGACGGAGGCUACGCACAGUCCGAGUAGAUGGUAAAAAUGUGGACUCGCCUGUCGACAGGCGUGCGUUCACGCAAAUGGCAACAAACACACCAGCAACCGCAGCGGCUGCAGUUGCAUGUAAUGGUAUUGGGAAUUUUGGCUUCAUUAUUGCUGCAAGCGCAUUUUUCAAAUGCAAGUCAAGCGCUCACCUUCAAAAUUGAACCUCAGGAUGUUGUAGUGCCGGAAGGACAUUCGGUGCUGCUUCAAUGUGGUGGCGUGACACAAAACGGCAAGUCUGGCAAAAUACAACCAAUUAUACGUUGGCGGGGGCCAGAUGGGCAGGACUUGGGCAUCGUCGGCGACACAUUUCGCAAUCAACUGAGUAACGGUUCAUUAUAUAUAAGCUCCGUGGAGGAAAAUCGCGGUUUGACCGGCUCCUAUCAGUGUUUGCUCAGCGCUGAAGGCAUUGGUACAAUUGUUAGUCGUGCGGCUGUCGUGUCCAUAGCACGGUUGUCAGAUCUAAAUCAAGACUUUAUCGAAACAUAUUUAUUACCCGGCCAAACGGCGUAUUUUCGAUGCAUGGUGGGUCAAGUUCAGCCGGGUAUUAAGCACGUGGUACAAUGGCUAAAGGAUGACAUGCCGCUUGUGGUGGAUAAAUUGCGCAUGGUCGUGCUACCGAAUGGCGCCUUAGAAAUAGACGAAGUCGGCAUUGGUGAUCGCGGCGCUUACCAGUGUAAUGUGACCUCUGGCAGCAUAUCUCGUUUAAGCAGCAAAACCAACUUGAAUAUCAAAAAGCCCACAGAUCCGGGCAGUGAAAGUUUGGUUGCGCCCUCAUUUCUUGUGGGACCUUCGCCGAAAACCGUGAAAGAGGGUGACAGUGUCACUUUGGAUUGUGUGGCGAAUGGUGUUCCUAAACCGCAAAUUAAAUGGUUGCGCGACGGCGCGGAGCUCGAUCUUAGCGAUCUUGACUCGCCAUUCUCGAUCAUCGGCACGGGCUCACUACAAAUUUCUUCUGCGGAAGACAUAGACUCCGGGAACUAUCAGUGUCGUGCCAGCAAUACAGUCGAUUCACUUGACGCGCAGGCCACCGUACAGGUGCUGGUGCCGCCCAAGUUCAUCAAGAGCCCAAAAGACAAGACCGCGCACGAAAAAGAGGAGUUAGAGCUGGAAUGCGCGAUACGCGGUAAACCAAAGCCGCUAAUUCAAUGGUUGAAGAACGGUGAUGUGAUCACGCCCAACACGUAUAUGCAACUAGUGGGUGGCCACAAUCUACGCAUUUUCGGCCUGCUACAAUCCGAUGCCGGUAUGUUCCAAUGUGUUGGCACCAAUCCGGCUGGUAGUGUUCAAGCGGCGGCACGAUUGCGCGUUGCUCAAACGGGCAAAUCCAAAAAAUACAACCCUUCCCAAACACCCAAAUCUCCAUUACUGCCGUCAGCUUCGCCUAUGCGACGACGAAAGGGGGGCGGAUCUAAGGCGAUUGAUCCUUUUGACACAUUCGGUGAUGCCAUUGACAAUUCAAUGGGAUCGACACGUAGUCUCUCCAAAAGCGCGCUGGAUAGUUUACUCUCACAGAGAGGCAGAAAAUUACCACGACCUGAGAGACCGCAAAAUGACAAUGGCUAUGGUGAAUUUGCCUCACUGAAAGACUUAGAACAAUUAGACAUGGAAGAUACGGACAGUUCAAUGGAGCUACCCACAAGCACACACGAGUUCAAUGUAGGUGAUGACGUAGAUGACGGCAACAACGAUGACGAAGACAAUGAGGACGAAGACGAAUAUGACGAUUUAAAUGACAAGCAGGAAUUCAUUGAUGCGUACAAUCACGGUGACGAUCCCAAUAAAGUACUGAACUCUUGGAAGAAUAAAAAUAAGAAACAAUUAUCCUCAGCCACAUCCAAUUCACAAGCGGCAUCAUCAAGUUCCUCCUACUUAUCCUCAGAUUUAGAUGGACUCGAAGGCAACAUUGGCAUAACUGGCGUUGGGAGUGUAGACGGAGGUGUGGACAUUCCACAGUCCGGUGGUGGAGUUACACAUAUUCAUGGUGCUUUGAUGAGCCGUUUGCCAGGACCGCCACACGACUUGGUUGCGCAAAUUGUAAAACCACGUUUCGUAACACUCAGUUGGAUGGAGCCGAAGAAGAACCCUGUCGAAGUGGUGUCCUACACAGUAUUUUAUAAAAUGAGCAACAGCGAACGGGAACAGAAAAUCGUAACCAAAUCACACGAUGACCAACAGGUGAAUAUCCAAAAUUUGCUGCCUGGAAAAACUUAUCAGUUCCGUGUGGUGGCAAAUACGAACUUUGGACCCGGUGAUUCUUCAGAGGUAUUAGAGGUGCGCACUCAACCAGAGGAGAAUAUUGCUGGUCCACCACGCAACGUCGAAGGACUGGCGACUAGCGAAAGAGAGAUUUUUGUAAAAUGGGAUUCUCCAACCGUGACCAAUGGAGAGAUUUUGAAAUACCGAAUUUACUAUUCCGAGAAUGACAGUGGUGCUGAGAUGUAUCAUGAUAGCACCUCUCUAAAUGCUGUGAUCUCGGAGCUUCGUCCAUAUACCGAUUACACUAUUAGCGUGGUACCUUUCAAUAAGAACGGCAUGGGCGAUCCGUCGAAUGAAAUAAAGGUCAAAACUUACUCCUCCACACCAACUGAGCCCCCAAAUAAUGUGACACUUGAAGUAACGAGUUCGACAUCCGUCACAGUGCACUGGGAGCCUCCAGCCGAGGAAGAGCGAAAUGGUCAAAUCACCGGCUAUAAGAUUCGUUAUCGUAAACUUAAAGACACACCACAAGUGAAAAGUACACCCGCAAAUAUACGGUACUUCGAAUUGAAAGGACUUGAGCGACACUCAGAGUAUCAAAUAAAAAUUGCCGCUAUGACAGUGAAUGGCUCAGGCCCGUUCACAGAAUGGAAUCGCGUUAUGACUUUGGAAAAUGAUCUGGAUGAAACACAGGUGCCUGGUAAACCGGUUUGGAUCGGCAUACAUCCGGGUGGUGAUAACAUCGCUUUGCACUGGGGUCCGCCACAACAGCAUGAAAUCAAGAUUCGAAGUUAUGUUUUGGGCUGGGGUCGUGGAAUACCCGAUGAAAACAUUAUUGAGUUAAAAGAAUCCGAACGCUAUUAUGUAUUGAAAAAGUUGGAGUCAAAUACGGAAUAUGUGGUUUCGUUGCGUGCACGCAACAGUAAAGGUGACGGUCAACCAAUUUAUGACAACAUUAAGACACGUGACGAGGAACCGGUCGACAUACCCGUGCCGCUUGAAGUGCCAGUCGGCCUACGCGCCAUCACCAUGUCCAGCUCAUCCAUUGUCGUGUACUGGAUAGAUACUACGCUGAGUAAAAAUCAACAUGUCAUCGAUAAUCGUCACUACACCGUUCGCUUUGGCAUUUCGGGCUCUAGUCGUUUUCGAUAUCAUAACACGACCGACCUCAAUUGCAUGAUCAAUGAUCUGCGUCCAAACACACAGUAUGAGUUCGCUGUUAAGGUAGUGAAGGGACGUCGAGAGUCGGCUUGGUCCAUGUCAGUGUUGAACAGUACAUAUCAAAAUGUACCAAUUACACCACCACGUGAGCUCACUGUUCGACCUGAUGAACAAAAUCCACAAACUGUCAUUUUGCAAUGGCUGCCACCGAAACACAGCCUUGGUCAAAUAACCGGCUACAACAUUUAUUACACAACCGAUACAACGAAACGAGAUCGCGACUGGUCCAUCGAGGCAUUCGCUGGGGACGAGACUAUGAUGAUGUUGCCUAAUUUGAAACCGUACACAACGUAUUACUUCAAAGUACAAGCACGGGUGGGAAAAGGCGCCAGUAAUGCGCCUUUCUCAGCGCUUGUGGCCUACACGACUCCGGCAGCGGUUGUGAUGCAGGAACCAAAACCGAUUGCCAAGGGCAUCAGUAAUGAGAUCAUCAUAUACUCUGUAGCAGGUGCGGUUGCACUUAUAGUAAUGAUUUUUGUGGCCAUCAUGGUGGCAGUGUGCCGACGAAAGCCCCAAUCCACACCUGAUCAUAACAAGAAGAGGUACGAAGACUAUCAAAAUGUUGGAGUUCCAAAGCCGCCAGACCUAUGGAUACAUCACGAUCAAAUGGAGUUAAAGAAUAUUGAUAAGAAUAUUCACAGCACCACACCUGUUUGUAGCGACGGUGCUUCGAGUAGCGGUGCCUUAACAUUGCCACGUUCUGUGGUGCAUGAAUACGAUGUCGAUACGCCAGUGCCGGUUACCAAUUCGCUCGACAAACGAUCCUAUGUACCCGGUUAUAUGACCACUUCAAUGAAUUCUACAAUGGAACGGCCACAGUAUCCGCGCACCCAGUAUAACAUUUCCGCCAAUCGUUCGCAUAUGACUGUCGACACGGGGCACUCGCAACAGAGUCUGACGCAGCAACCGGGUUCUUUGGCACAAACGCCCGAACAUCCUUACGGUUAUGAGGGUAAUUUCUGCAAUCCUGGUUACCAGAAUGGUGUCGGCGGUGCGGGCCCAGGUGGUGGCCCCACAAACAACGGUGGUGUUUCAACUAUCGAGAGUGCAAAACGUGGUCAUCCAUUGAAGAGUUUUAGUGUGCCAGGUCCACCACCAACGGGGGCUGCGACACCCAUCAACAAACACACACCUGCCGUAACAAUACGUCCACAAAAUCAAUCGCCCUACAAGAAGCCCUCCUUCUCAGCUGCCACGCCCACGAAUCGAUUACAAGGCGGCUCAUCUGUGGCACACUCCAACGAUGAAAUACAACGAUUAGCGCCAAGCACCUCAACAGAAGAGCUGAACCAAGAAAUGGCCAAUCUAGAAGGACUCAUGAAGGACUUGAGUGCAAUAACGGCGAAUGAAUUCGAAGUUUAACAGUAAACGAAUAUAGGACGAAAGUGCUUCAGAUAAGAAAAUUAACAAAUGCGCAACCAACAGAAACGGAAAAAGUAUUGAAUGACGAAUGAAAGGUUUUCAAAAACAAAAAAAAAAUUAGAACGAAAAACAACAAAAACCUCGAUAAACUUAGCGAAUCAAAAUGAAAGCAAACAAAUGAAAACAUUAACAUUUUUCUGUCGUUGGUUUCGUGCUAAAUUUUUAGUUGUCUAUAGAAUAUGCGCUAAAUGAAUUUGGACGUAUUUGGCUGCUAAUUCUAAUUAUUUGCCAUUAUUAAUAUUUAAAUUUUAAGAGCUAGUGUAUUCGUACACAUAUUUAAUAUCGAUAUUUUGGUGUAAGUAAAGUAAAAUUGGAUUUUUAUACAGACGUUAAGGGAAGUCAUGAUAAACGAUUAAGAAUAAAUUGAAUUCUAAGUUUAAGUUUAAGUGCUGUUUAAGUAAAUUUCCAAAAUGUGUUUUUAGAGUGCUUUUGAUUUUGUUAUAAUUUCUAUAAAUAUAUAUAACAAUUCGGGACAUGUACAUAACCAUUCUAUGUAAGAGCAUUGUCAUAUAUGUAUGUACAUAUAUGUAUUUAACGACAUUUUACCGAUUAAGCAAGUGAAUGAAAGAUUAAAGUUUUUGAGUAAAAGUAAUACGAAUAAUACCAGAUACGGCUAUAUCAAUAAGGAAACUGAAUUCGAAAACGAUAACGAUAACGAAGCUGAAAUAUUUGAAUUAAAAUUAAAAAAUUACAAAUAAUUUAAAUAUUGAAAAUUGUUGAACCAUACGCAGAAGAUAGUCCUGAGCAAAUUGAUGUGAAACCUUAAAAUGUUAACAUGUACUCGUAUGCAAGUUUACAUACUCCUAUGUAUGUAUACAUUAAUAUACACUAAAGAAUUAUAUUCUGCCGUAAAGUAGUAUGAGCUAACAUAUGUUGCGAUAGUCCACGCCACAUUUGUGACUUGCAUUUAAUUUUGCGCGCUAUAACAUUCACUACGAAUACGGUUAUUGUAAUUUUGUUUGAAAGUGUUUAGCUGCAACAGUUGUUGGUUUUGAAUUCAAGUCCGCCCAGUGCCAUAGAAUUCGGGCGUUAAUAACAUUAUGACGCGAGGCCACAGUAAUCUAGCCAUGAAAGCUAUAGCGCAAAUUUGCAUUGCAUUCAUAGUUACAAUAACGGGUAAUACUGCCAGGAUAUGAGGUUACUGCAUAUAUAUUGUUAUAUACACAUGUUAAACUUAUGAAAGUACAUCUAACUAUCUCAGAUUAUGUGUAUAUGUAUUUGCACUUUAUAUUUAAAUAUGCACAACUGAAAUUACUUGCCGCUAUAUGCAUCUACUUGCUAUUGAAAUCUUCUUAAAAAUAAAAACUAAUCUAGAUUUAAAGUGACAAACAUGCAUUUAUAUGAAAAUAUCGUGUUCUUGUAAACAAAAGUUUUACUACAAAAAUUUUAACACAACUGGAUGUUCAGUUUUAUUAAUACUAUUCCACUCACUAUAGUGUAACUAACUGUUUUUGUUUCUACGUCAUCCAAACUGAGUCUUUUGCUUUAGUUUUCUUGCAUUUCCCUACAGAAAGUGCCAUUUCACUGCUCAUAAAAAACCUUAAUAUACGAAGAGCACAAUUUUUAUAAUUUGUUUAGUAUGAAGCUUUUAAUAACAUUUUAUUUUACUUUUCAAAAAACUUGUGUUCAAAUAUAAUGCGGAAGUCUCCACUCCUGCUUCUCCUCUAAGCUAUUUUUCCAAAACAAAUAGUUUAUUUUGGAAACAUUAUUAUAAAAUGCCUACAAAACUACUUACCGCAAUGCAUAGCGGAGCGUUUAUAAAAAACCUCAAUCCUAUAAAAUUAAACAAUAGGGAAAGCGUUUCGUAUUAAAAA